AUGGCCUGCGAGGACAGCACGGCUUGCAGGGACAGCACAGCUUGCGAGGACAGCACAGCUUGCGAGGGUAGCACAGCUUGCGAGGACAGCACAGCUUGCAAGGACAGCACACCUUGCGAGGACAGCACAGCUUGCGAGGACAGCACAGCUUGCGAGGACAGCACAGCUUGCGAGAACAGCACAGCUUGUGAGGACAGCACAGCUUGCGAGGACAGCACAGCUUGCGAGGACAGCACGGCUUGCGAGGACAGAACCGCUUGCGAGGACAGCACAGCUUGCGAGGACAGCACAGCUUGCGAGGACAGCACAGCUUGCGAGGGCAGCACAGCUUGCGAGGACGGCACAAUUUGCAAGGACAACACAGCUUGCGAGGACAGCACAGCUUGCAAGGACAACACAGCUUGCGAGGAGAGCACACUUUGCGAGGACAGCAAAGCUUGCGAGGACAGCACAGCUUGCGGGGACAGCACAGUUUGUGGAGACAGAACAGCUUGUGGGGACAGCACAGCUUGGGACGACAGCACAGCUUGGGAGAACAGCAAAGCUUGCGAGGACAGCACAGCUUGCGAGGACAGCACAGCUUGCGAGGACAGCACAACUUGCGAGGACAGCACAGCUUGCGAGGACAACACAGCUUGCGAGGACAGCUCAACUUGA